AUGUCUGGUGACACUUGUCUGACGGCGAUGUGCCCUGCUUCUGGGGCCAAGCCAAAAAACAUAUAGUUUUAAAGGGGGCUGUCUGGGAAACAAAUAUGUCCGGCUGAAUGUGGGCGGUUCAUUGCACUACACCACAGUGCAGGUCCUGACAAGACAUGACACCAUGCUUAAGGCGAUGUUCAGUGGUCGUAUGGAGGUCCUCACUGAUAAAGAAGGCUGGAUUCUAAUUGACCGAUGUGGAAAGCAUUUUGGAACCAUUCUGAACUAUCUUCGAGAUGACACCAUUGCACUUCCCAAGAACAGACAUGAAAUCAAGGAACUAAUGGCAGAAGCUAAAUAUUACCUUAUUCAGGGGUUGGUAGACAAGUGCCAGGCAGCGCUUCAGGAUAAAAAUGAGUCAUAUGAAGCCGUAUGUAAUAUCCCCAUUAUCACAUCUCCAAAAGAAGAAGAGAAGCUGAUUGAAUCAUCUGCCAAGCCUGUUGUCAAACUCCUGUAUAACAGAAGCAACAACAAGUAUUCAUACACCAGCAACUCUGAUGACAACCUUUUGAAAAACAUUGAGCUUUUUGACAAGCUCUCCCUCCGAUUCAAUGGACGAGUUCUAUUUAUGAAGGAUGUGAUUGGAGAUGAAAUCUGCUGCUGGUCUUUCUAUGGUCAAGGGAGGAAACUGGCAGAAGUUUGCUGUACUUCCAUUGUUUAUGCCACUGAGAAGAAGCAAACAAAGGUUGAAUUUCCUGAAGCACGAAUUUAUGAAGAGACAUUAAAUGUUUUACUCUAUGAAACCCCAAGAGUACCUGACAACUCUUUGUUGGAGGCCACAAGCCGUACACGCAGCCAAGCAUCUCAUAGCGAAGAUGAUGAUGGUUUUGAGCUUCGUGACCGGGUUAGGCGCAUUCACGUUAAGAGAUACAGCACUUAUGAUGACAGACAACUUGGCCACCAGUCUGCUUACAGGGAUUGA